AUAGACAUGUUUGAAGUGUAUAAUCUACGUGAAGGUUUCGCUAUUGCUGAAUAUUGUUUGGGUAACGGUUCUCUAGCAGUGGUUUCUCCUCAGGCUGUGUGAAGCUGUCAGUGCAGUCAGUGGUCUGGAGAGGGAGGGUCAACAUGGCGUCGGAGCAGGAAAUCUCAAAUGCACCAGUGAAGAAGUCUAUGAGGGAGAAGGCUAUCGAGCGCAGAUCAGCUAAUAAAGAGCACAACAGUAAUUUUAAGGCUGGAUAUGUUCCAAUUGAAGAGGAGCGACUCCACAAGACAGGACUGAGGGGUCGCAAGGGCAUCUUUGCCAUUGGCAUAGUCAUCCUACUCUUUCUGCUUGCACUCAUUAAUCUCAUUAUAACUCUAGUGAUAUGGACAGUGAUACGAAUAGGUCCGGGAGGUUGUGAAAGUAUGGAGUUUCACGAGAGCGGCCUGCUGCGCUUUAAACAGAAGGCCGAUAUGGGUGUGGUUCACCCGCUGCACAAGAGCACAGUGGGCGGCAGGAAGGACCAGGACCUUGUCAUUACUGGCAACAAUAACCCAGUGGUGUUCCAGCAGGGCAACACCAAGCUGAGCGUGGAGGAAGAUAAAACGUCUAUUGUUAGCGACUUGGGCAUCUCCUUCACUGACCCCCGCACUCAGACGACUUUCUUUAGCACUGAUUUUGACAGCCAUGAGUUCCACCUGCCCAAAGAGGUCAAGGUUCUCAACGUGAAGAAAGCUUCUACUGAGAGAAUCACCAGCAAUGCAUCAUCUGACCUCACUAUCAAAGGAGACGGUAAGGCCAUUAUUCGUGGCAACGAGGGAGUUUACAUCAUGGGCAAAACUGUGGAGUUCAGCAUGGGUGGGGACAUUGAGCUGAAAGCGGAAAACAGCAUUAUUCUAAAUGGCUCAGUGAUGUUCAGUCCUUCGCGCAUACCAAACUCCUCUCUAGGGGGAGACUUGUACUUCAAUGAGGGGUUGGAGAGGUAUAAACUUUGCAUGUGUGCAGACGGGACUCUGUUCAGAGUGCAGGUCAAAUACUCCAACAUGGGCUGCCAAACGUCCGACAAUCCCUGUGGAGCAGCACACUAAUGAAAGAGAGAUAAAUACCACUGGAAUAGACAUGCUUAUCAAGGUUUUCAAAUGAAACAUGACAUUUCAGGUGAACUGCCAAAAGAUACAAAUAUGAUAUUGUGGGUUUUUUGUUGUUGUGUUUUUUUUUUUUUUUAAACUGGACAAUAAUUAGUCUAUAAUAUCAGUGUACACAUGCAAUACACAAAAAACACACACAAUCCGCCCUCACACUCCCACCCACCGGAACAGUUUCUUCUACAUGCCCACUCAACUUUAUUGGAGGUCUAAAAACACACACAGACAUACUUGAUGAUGAUAAUCACUCCCUUAUAACCAUAAAUCACAAACAGUAUUGUUUUUUUAUGGCCGAGAGCUCCCUGUGUACUAUCAUUGGCUCACCUCAGUGUUUUACAGUCUUUAAGCUGCCUACGUUCAGCCUUCACUGCAUGUGCUUUAUAUAUUGUAUCGUAGCAGAGAAAUUGAGUCCAGUGAUUUUCUGAGCAGUAUUAUUACACUCUUUUACAAUCCCCUCCUGUCAUUAAUAACCAUCAAAUGGCCACAUAAAAAGAGGGAUGUUGUUUGACUGAUACAAAUGUUAAAAUAGUGUCAUAAACCUUCUGUAUUGUUUAGUCUGAAAGACUAAAGUUCUACAUGGUUAUUGUGGCUUUAGAAGAGGGGAUGUGAAGUGGCCAAUAGUAUUUAACAGUUUAGAAGUCAUUAAGAGUUUUUCAGGGUUGGUUUUUAUAUCACAGAUGUUUACUUGGUCAUGAUUUUAGAUUUUUUUUGUAACAAUCUCUAUCUUCACUGAAGCAGGAUCAGCACAGCCACAUCUUAUGUAAGUAACACUGGUAGCCUGAUCCUGAAACAGUAGUUAGUGAAUUCUGGCACAUAUUUUCAAGGCUUGUAUUAUAGUGCCCUUCUAAGAGUGCCAUGGACUAAUGACAAAUUACCUGUCGUCUAAUGACAUGUUCAGAGGUGUGUACCAGUCCAAUAUCUUUUGAUAAGAUAAAAACAGGAAACUUCAAUAAUAUAUAUUCGAGCUAUCCAAGUGUGAAUUUUGUGCAAUAUAACCUUCUUGGCCUGGUUUAUCUGGGUACAUGUGUGGUAUUUAUUGUUGUUUUUAAAUACAGUAUUAUUGUGAUGUCCAAACUAAAAAUCUUCUGUGCUUAAGAGACUAAUUGUAACUUUAUUUUCAACCCUACAAUGAAUUAGUCUGGAACCAUCUGAUCAUGUCUGUGGAUUUAGAUUUUUUUUUUAACAUUGUCAGAAAGGAAAUCACAAAUAUUCUGAAUGAAGGGGAAAAUUGGUGCUUUCAUAUUGCAGUGUUUUUGUUAAUAAAUGCAAAUGCAGGUUUUGAUUGAAAAACAAUGUGUAUUGUGAUUGUACUGUUAGACGAUGAAACAUGAACAUGAUCUUAGCGCUAAUAUCAAGUAUGGUUAACUAUAUAAUGCAGCGACUAAGUUAAGAGAUUCAUUUACUUUUUAAUUAUUAAUUUUGGUCAAUGAUCUGGUGGCAAUUAAAUUCACUAAAAUACCAAUUCAUAUACAUAUUUAUGUAAAAUACCUCUAUUUUUAUUUAUUUAACACUAGAUAAUAUUUUUUAUAGUUUUUGUUAUAUUUUAUUUAUUUGUUUGAUUCAAUGUCUUUAAAAUGCUUGGGAGGGAGCAAACCUGAGUAAGACAUUAACUCAGGCAAGUGAGUGAUUGUACAACGAUUGUUCUGUGUGUGUGUUUCUGGUGCCAUAAUGCUAUUCAGACUUUGAUCUCAGGGAAGUUAGAGUUAAAGUCAAAGAAUUUCUCAGUCAAGUCUCAGUGUUUUGUCGGUAAUUAUCCAGCUACAGUCAAAAGAUUGCCCGAGCCGAGUGGAGCAUUGCUACACUAAAACGGGCUGACUAUAAUGUCAGCGUACAGCUCAGUGCUUGGUGUGGCAGUGUUGUUCCUCCACCUCUGGGGGACACACUCCUUCCCCACCUCCGCCUGUCCUGUUCCCUGCCUGUGCCAGCGAGGUCCUCUCCUGAACUGUUCUUCUUUAGGCCUGACUACGAUUCCCACACGCAUCCCAGCAACUGCUGUUUCCUUGAACCUAUCCAAUAAUGCCCUGCGUUCUCUGGCUCCUCUCAGCUUUGGUCAUGUGAAAUUGAUGGGACUUCAGCACCUUUGGGUGGGAAGUAAUGCUCUGGAGAGCUUGUCUAUGAUUUUGAAGAAAGACCGGUCAGGCACUAGGACCCGGUCAAGUGGAGAACAGGAAUGCACAUCCUGGGCAUCUGACCUUCAGUUGCUGUCUGCAGAAAGAAACCAUCUAAAACAUCUACCAAAGGGGCUGGGCUGCAUGAAGUCCUUGCAGAUUCUUCAGCUGUCUUAUAACCAAAUAUCUAAGAUAGGUCUUUCUGACCUGGACAACUGCAGUUAUCUGAAAGAGCUACAUCUCCAGCAUAACAGCAUCACAAGCAUUCACCCACAUGCUUUUAUAGACCUAAAACAGCUACAGGUAACAUCUCAAAUAUUUAGCUUAUUUGCAUUAUAUGUUAAUACUGGUCAGAUGGUAUAGUUUUUUUUAUCCUAGAGGAAAAUCAUCAUGAGAGUGAUUUUACAUGUUUGGAAGUGUACUCCCCCAGUAACUCUCUUUUGACAAACUUUGUAGUUAAUGCAUAAAUCAACACAUCUAGCCCAGUAGUGCAUUAAAACUUAGUGAGUCAAUAAAAAUGUUUCCUAAUUCCAUUCAGGUCCUUGAUCUGAGCUAUAACCUGCUGGUCACCAUUCCGGUCCCUGCCUACCAGUCCCUGCGGAAUCUAAAUGCCUUGGUCGAUGUCUCCUUCAACAGAUGGAAAUGUGACUGCCACUUGCAGACCUUGAGAAGAUGGAUAAGCUUUGAUACUGAAAUGGGUGAUGCUUCCUGGCAAGUGGUGUGUGCCUCUCCACCACAUCAUGCUGGAAAAGAUCUGCUUCACUUGAAGGACUCAGAGCUCACCUGUCCAACACAUGAAUACAGCACAUCUGGUCACUAUCAUAAUAUGAUAGUCUACGAGGGGAUGAAGAUAUCAGUUCCUUGCAGCAAUGACAGUAAAGGUGCUACUUCUGUAUCUUAAAUUAUAAAACCACAGUCCAAUUUACUAUUUUUUAAUUUUAAUUGUUUUUUGCAGUUAUUUAUGUAACUCCUAAAACCUGCAUGUAAACAUUGUAAAUGCUAAUGCACAUUUAAUGAUAAAUUCCCUUUUAUUUUUAUUCCAGAUACCAUGCAGGUUCAUUGGUGGACUCCACAGGGCCAAGUCACAAAUAACCAACCAGAACUUCUAAUUAAGGACAUCACAGAGCAACAUGCAGGACUUUAUGUAUGCAUUUCAGGUGUCCGAGGAGAGCACAUAUCAGUGUUAGAUCUACGAGUCUACAAAAAAGGCAGUGGCUCAAGACCACGUAGGGAAGCAGCAAUUAUUUUGGAUGAGAAAGAAAAUUUGAACUUGCCAAGAAAUGAUCCAGUUGUACGGCAAGAGACAAGGACCCAGUCAGAAUUUGUUCUUGCUGUCUGCCUGUCUGUCAUCAUUACAUUCAUUUUAGCCUUUAUUCUUGGUGUUUUUUUGAGACCACUGUUAGACAAGUUAUGGAGGAGAAUACGAUCCAAGAGACAAUCUACACCACCACCACCAACAACAACAACCUCCACUGGACCCCAGCCGUAUGUGAAUGAGGGGUACUGUGAUGUAGAAGACCAAGAACAAGGGAGAGUGGGUUCAAGAGUUACAUUUGGUGGAAUCACAGUUCAAGAUCAAGUGCCUUACUAUGUCACUGUAGAGGAUGACCAGGCAGAUGGCUCCUCUGAGAGCAACACAGAAGCUGAUACUUUUUAUGAGACAAUUGAAAAUAAUAAAUCCUCAAAAGCUGAUGGGAAACAGCAGGCCCUCGAGGUGGAGAAUCAUAGAGGAAGAGCAGACAGCAGCAGUAGCAGCUCAGUUCAGGAAGGUGAAGUAAAUGCUUUAGUCAUAAAUGGUAAGAAACUGCCACCCAGCUCAACCGAAGGCAUGCCAAAAUCUAUGGAAUUUGAGCCAAUUCCAGAUGCAAAUGAUAUCACCCAGAUAAAAAGAAGGAGCAGUUCUUCAGCAUCAUCUCACUCAAGUCAGGAAGAUAACGUCUCAAGAGAAUUUAGGGAAUCAAGUGUUGACCCUCCUCCUCCUGUCACUAUAACUGCAAACAAAAAUACAAAGGAUAGAAGUCCAGGAUUGAUUACAGAGCCAUUUUCAGAAUGGUCUUUGAGACUGACAGAACAGAAUGUUGAUGAUUUGGACCAAGAGAUGUGGAAUGACAGUGGAGAGAGCUUUUCUUUCACUGAAGGCUCUGAAAGGUCAAGUAUCCGGGAUCUCUCCAGCUCUUCUUUAGGACAUCGAUUGAAGGAUGAUGACACAUGGAGGCAAGGCAAAGUAGAAUCACCUUCAGAUAAAAUAAACAUUGAUUCAGAGAUUUUUGAUUUUGAAAAACCAUUUGGCAAAGAGGUUCCUGUUGAUGAUGCAGAGCAGUUUGAGCAAUCUGACACAGCAAGCCACUCUAGUGACAGUGAUUCAAAUGACAGUGGUGAAAGUGCAGGUGGACCAAACAAUUAUACUGUAAACACAGAGUUAGAAGAAGAAUCAGAUACAGAAAACAGUGCAAACUUGGAAGAAGAAUCAGAUACAGAAAACAGUGCAAACUUGGUCACUUUAAACAGAUUUGGCACUCCUGAAGAUGUCACUUUCAAUGAAAGAAUGCCUAGUGCUGGCAUUCUAAUAAAACAAGAGACUAUCACUUUGGAGCCUUCGGAAAUACAUUUGACUUUUACUCAUGAAGACAGUAUUGAUGAGGGUAUGCCUAUGGAUGAUUCCCAAGGGAAUAAUGAGUAUGUGAACAUAUCAGACAAAUUUGCUUUAUGUGUAGAUGUGGGUCUUGAUACAGUGCCAAAGAUUAAGAGAUAUGUUGAAUUUAAACAGUCCAAACCACAUUUUGGACUUCCAACUCUGCCAACAUCAGAGAUGGCGGUAAAAUCUGAAGCUAACAUUGAUGCAUCCUCUGGAGAUAACAGAUGCUUAAGUCAAAUAGAGGUGUCUCCUGAUUCAAUUAAAAAAGUGAAGCGAUACAUUCAAUUCAAACAGCCUGAACCUCAUUCCCCAACUCUGCCAUCAUCACCUUCCUCAAUCAAAAAAGAUGCUAUACUGGAAGCUAAAAGUUAUAGUUCAUCUUCAGAAGACGAUGCUCAACUGACAACUCAGGAUGACAAUUCAUUCAGGACAACAGGUGUAUCUUCUGAUGAAUUUUCAAAAGUAAAAAGAUACAUUUCAUUUAAACAGUUUGACUCUUCUUCCCCAACUCUGUCAAUAUCCAGACCUUCAACUAAUAUUGAGACCACAACUGAGACAACAAUAAAUUCUAUGCAGCCCAGCACCUCACCAAAAGAUUCAAGUCAAAGUGUGAAGAAAUACAUGUAUUUUAACCAGCAUGAACACCAUUCCUCAUCUCUGCCAGUGUCACCUACCUCAAGCAGGAAAGGUUUAUCAGUAAAAAAGACUAAAUACAAAAAACGAUAUGAUCAAUCAUACUAUGGGAGUCAUGAGAGCCUUCCACUAUACCAUGUCCAUCCUGUCUAUAGAUCAAGUAUAAACAGACUGAAUAGAGGCUACGAUACUGAUAGAUCAAUUUCCAGUGAAGAUGAAGAUCAAUUUAUUGAGUACCCAAGAAAAUUAGAGAUUACAAUACCAUCUGAGAUGAACAGAGGAUCCAUCACACCAGAUAAAAAUACAGACAAAGUCCUCAACAUUAACUUUGAUAACUCCUCUAGCAGCACAGAUGUAUUUGAGAAGAAACAUUCUAAAGGUCUAAUGAGACUAAGAGCAUUAAGUGCACGACUGUUCAACAGACAUGAGAAUGAAACGGAUGAGAGGUCACCAACUGGUUUGGAUGUUGGAAGAACCAGUGGUGUCUCUAUUAAAAAGCAGCCAAAGUUAACUAAGGAACAAACCAUUAAUGAAGACAGUCUAUUCGGAAGGAGUUUAUCCCUUGAUCACAUACCAAAAGUGAAGAGAUACCUUCAGUUCUCACACUCUGAUUCCUAUCUUCAAGUCCAAUUACCAUCAACUCCACCAACCACUGGGGUAGUCACACCUGACUUUAUAGUGACAACUGAGUCCAGGAGAUCCAGUUUCUCAUCUGAGGAUGAUGUCAAACAAACCAUUGAAGAUAAAAAAUUUGUUAGACAAGUGGAUGCAUCUUAUGAAGGACUUCCAAAGGUAAAAAGAUACAUUCAAUUUUCACACACUGAACCUCACUCAACAACAUUGCCCUUGAACAAACAAAGUAUCUCAACUGAACUUGUGGCACAGCCUGAAUCAAGGAGGUCAAGUACGUCAUCUGAAGAUGAUAUCAAACCUACAUCUAAUGAAGACAAUUUCUUCAGGAAGAUAGGUGUAUCUCUUGAUACAGUGCCACAUGUUAAGAGAUACAUUCAAUUCAGUCAGCCUAAACCUUACUCUCCAACUCUAACAUCUUUACCUGUUUCAAGCAAGAGACCUGUGGUGGCAGUGGAGACAAGUUCAAGCACAUCUGACAAGUCAGAAGAUAAAUCUAAUGCUACAGGAACAUUUUUGGGGGGCCAAAUAGGUCUUAAUGGAGUACCAAAAGUUAAGCGGUAUGUUCAAUUUACACAGUUCAAAUCUCAUCCUCCAACUCUGUCGUCAGUUUCAUCCUCCUCUACAAAAGUUACACCUAAGAUAGAAGUGAAAACUGAAGCUAAAAUUGACAGAUCCUCAGAAGACCAGGGUAACUUAACGCAAAUAGAGGUAUCUCCUGAAAGUAUUAAAAAAGUAAAAAGAUACAUUCACUUCAAGCAGUCUGAACCUCAUUCCCCAUUAUCACAUUCUUUAACCAAGAAAGAUGCUAUACUGAAAACAAGGAGAUAUAGCUCAUCCUCAGAAGAUGAUGUACAACUGACAACCAACAAAGACAGUUUCUUCAGGAAAAUAGGUGCGUCUUUUGAUGGAGUUUCAAAAGUAAAAGGAUACAUCACAUUUAAACAGUUUGAUCCUUCUUCAGAUACCACUUCAGAUAAACUGCAUGUCACACAUGAGGUGAAAACCAAAUCCGAAGCAAGGAGAUCAAGCACUUCUUCUGAGGAUGAUGUCAAACUAACUGCUAAGGAAGACACUGUCUUUGGACAAACAGGAACAUCUCUUGAUAGAGUGGCAAGAGUUAAGAGAUACAUUCAAUUCACACAUCCUGAACGUCAAUCUCCUGUGCAGACAACAACUGGUCUUUUAUCUGAAAAAGUCAACGUAUCUGUGAUAGCUAAAGAAACAAGGAGAUGGAGCACUUCAUCUGAGGAAGAUGUUAAACCAUCUAUUAAAGAAGAUAAUAUCAUUGGGGAAACAGGUGAAUACCUUGCCGAAAUACCCAAAGUAAAGAGGUACAUUAAGUUCACACAGUCCGAACCUUAUUCCUCUGAUCUGUCGCUAUUUCCCCCAAGCACAGUAAAAUCCAUAAAGGUGUCAGAAACAGAAUACAGAGAGAGCACUUCAUCAGAGGAUGAUGUUCAGGAAGACAAUAGCUUUGGGCAAAUAAGAGCAUCUCUUGAUAGAGUUCCAAGAGUUAAAAGAUACAUUGAAUUCACACAUCCUGAAAGUCAAUUUCCUGCUCAAACAACUGCUCUCUCAGCUGAAAGAGCAAGCGUAUCUGUGAUAGCUAAAGAACCAAGGAGAAGCAGCACUUCAUCUGAAGAAGAUGUUAAACCAUCUACUAACAAAGAUAACAUCACUGAAGAAACAAGUGAAUAUUUUGCCAAAAUCCCCAAAAUAAAGAGGUACAUUAAGUUCACACAAGCUGAACAGCAUUCCUUGGAUCUUUCACCAUUUCCUCCUUCAAGCGCAGUAAAAUCCAUUAAGGUAACAGAAACUGAAUUGAGACAACCAGCCACCAAAGAGAGCACUUCAUUUGAGGAUGAUGUUCAGGAAGACAUAGAGUUAUCUCUUGAUAGAGUACCAAGAGUUAAGAGAUACAUUCAAUUCACACAUCCUGAAAGUCAAUCCCUUGCUCGGUCAACAUCUGUUGUCUCAGCUGAAAGAGUUGGAAUAUCGGGGGCAGAUCAAGAUACAAGGAGAUCAAUCACUUCAUUUGAGGAAGAUGUCACACUAACCGCUAAGGAAGACAAUGUCUUUGGACAUAUUGGAGCAUCUCUUGACAAAAUACCAAAGGUUAAGAGAUAUAUUCAAUUCACAAAGCCUGAAAGUGAGCCUCUUGUUCAGACAACAACUGAUCUCUUAUCUGAAAGACUUGGAAUAUCUGGGGUUUUUCAAGAAACAAGAUCAAGCACUUCAUCUGAAGUUGAUGUUAAGCCAUCUACUCAUGAUAAUAAUGCCAUUGUAGAAAGAGGUGAAUUUUUUGACAAAAUACCAAAAGUAAAGAGGUACAUUAAUUUCACACAAUCUGAACCUUCCCAGGGUUUCGCACCAUUUCCUCUUCCAAGCACUGAAAAGUCCAUAAAGGUGACAGAAACAGAAUCAAGAGGAUCUAGUACCUUAGUUGAAGAUAAUGCACAACCAUCUCCUAAGGAGAAGGAAGACAAUGUCUUAGGGCAAACAGAAGCACGUCUUGACGGUGUACCAAGAGUUAAGAGAUACAUUCAGUUCAAACAACAAUACCCUGAGCAGUCAACAGCUGGUUUAUCAGCUGAAAGAUUCGGAAUAUCCGAGGUCAUUACAGAGACAAGGAGAUUAAACAUUUCAUCUGAGAAUGAUGUCACACUAACUGCUAAGGAAGACUAUUUUAGUGGACAUAUAGAAGCUCCUUUUGAUAUACCAAAAGUUAAGCGAUACAUUCGCUUCACACAUCCUGAAAGUCAAUAUCCUGUUCAGACAACAACUGCUCUCUCAGAUGAAAGAGUCAAUGUAUCUGUGGUAGCCAAAGAAACAAGGAGACCAAGCACUUCAUCUGAAGAGGAUGUUAAACCAUCUACUAAAGAUGCCAGUAUCGUUGGAGAAAAAGGUGAAACUCUUGACAAUAUCCCAAAAGUAAAGAGGUACAUUGAGUUCAAAAAAUAUGAACCUUAUUCCUCAGCCCUGUCACAACUUCCUUCUGCAAAUGUUGUUAAACCCAUAAAGGUGACAGCAACAGAAUUAAGGGGAUCCAGCACAUCAGUUGAAGAUGAUGUACAACCAGCUUCUAAAGGAAACAAAACAGAAUCAAUGACACUUGGCACUUCAUCUGAUAAUCUUGACAGAAUACCAAGAGUUAAGAGAUACAUUCACUUUAUACCUGCUGAAAGUCAAUAUCCUGCUCGGUCAUCAACCUCUCUCUUAACUGAAAGAGUUGGAAUAUCUGGGGUAGCUCAAGAAACAAGUAUAUCGAGCACUUCAUCUAAAUAUGUUAAACCAUCUUCAACUGAUUAUAAUAUCAUUGGAGAAACAGACAAAUCUUUUGCCAGUAUCCCAAAAGUAAAGAAGUACAUUCAGUUCACACAAUCAGAACCUCAUUCCACAAAUGUGUCAUCAUUUCUUAGUUCAAACACUGUAAAAUCUAUAAAUAUAGGGGAAGUUCAAGAAAACAAGAAAUACAGAACUUCAUAUGAUGAUGUUAAACAAAGAAGAAAUCAUGACAAUUUCUUUCAAGAAAUUGGUGUAUCUCUUGACAAAAUCCCAAAGGUAAAGAGGUAUGUUACAUUCACAAAGAAUGAACCUUCUUCUUCAACCACAUUAAUGAAAAAAGAUUUAACACCUACAACGAAUGCAGACCUAGAAAUCACAUGGCCCGGUUUAUCAUCUGAGGUGUCACCUUCUGACUCAAUGAAAAAAGGGUCUGCAUUAAUAAUAAAGACUGAAUCACGGUCAGUGGAACACACUGGUCUUAAGUCAAGUUUAAGCUCCUUGUCUAGUGACAAACAAUAUGUAGGACAUCAGGUUAUGGAUGUACAACCACCACAAGAUGACCCACCAGCAGUUCCACAGACACCCCCACCUCCCCUGGAACAGAAGGAUGCCAGAGAAUAUCUCAGAGAAAAUUCUGAAAUCCUUCAAAGGCUAGAACGCAGACGAUUACUGCAGCAAAGAAGAAUGGAAAUGGACAAGUUCAACAUUGCAUCUCUAUCCUCCGUGCAACCAGAGGGCGACCAGCAGGACAAAUCACCUAGAGAUUAUGGAGGAGCGACACAGUUACAAACAGAACAAACUCACAGCAGUAUCUCUACAAGAAACACAGCCACGUCCAGACACACAGAAGGAGCUGAAGCCCCAGUUUUACGGGGCCUCAAGGCUAAGAAUAUCUCAACUCCAAAGUAUAAGGAAUUUUUAAUUUAGAUAAAGAGUUCAUUUUUACUUGCCAGACAAACAAUGUUGUACAAAUCUGAGCUGAUGCUUUCAAAAUGCAGCUUUGAGUAUUGGGAUUUGCUUUUUAUAGAGUAUUGUAAAUGCUGUAAUAUAAUUAUAAAAAAAUAACCUUAACUUCUUUCAGUAUUUCAUAAAAGUUCUGUUCUCUUUGCAUUGAAACAAUGUAUGAAUGUAUAUAAGAACGUGUAUUGUAUAAGAUCAUAAACACCGUGUUGAUUUUAUGAGACAUGAUAUGCAGUGGUAAAAAAAUCCAUAGGGUAUUAAUUGCACUCAAUGACAGGGGUCGACCCCCAGGAUGACCUCAGAAGUCUUUUCUAUUUCAAAACAUGACAUAUAGAACUGAUUAAAAUGACUCCACAUUUAGUUAAUAAACCCCUUUAUAGAUAUUGAAUGUAGAGAGGUUACAGUGAAAACAAACACAUAUACACACAUCCAUACAUAUAUACAGUCAGAUGAGAAUGCUCAACCCUCUGCAUUACAUACUCCCCCCCACAAAAGCAACAGUCAUAAUGACACAGGGGAACUUGGAGCACAGGGAAUUUUAAACCACUAUUUCCCUCAGGCACAAACAGGUGGAAAUUAAUGGGAUUAUGACAAGUGUCUGUAGACAUUUUCCAAAUGGAUUCUGGCCAGCAUGCACAGCAUACAUAGACUGUUGGCUUUUUAGUUGCUGAGUGAAUACUUGAUAAAUAAUUUAUGGUUAGCAAUGUUCGUCUUUCAGAGAAAAAAAAAAAAAAAAAAAAAAACUUUUGUUACCCAAAAUAUGAUUUAAUAAAGUUAAUAAUGAUUUUGUCUCUGUA